AUGUCAUCAUUCUCAACGGACAAAAAGGAUACCCAGGAGUCACUAUCAUCGUCGUCUUCAGGGGCUACCAAGAAGGACCAGGAUCUGGAUACCACAACAGGAAAGGGUACCAAGAAGAGCCUAUUGCAUGAGAACAUCUAUACAGUGCCCAACUUCCUGACGUUUACGCGAUUGGUCUCUGCGCCGGUCAUUGGAUACUGGGUCCUCCAAGGCGACUACACCAAUGCCUGCAUACUGUUUGGUAUCGCAAGUAUCACCGACGGGCUGGAUGGCUGGAUAGCCCGCCGGUUCAACAUGCAAACCAUCAUCGGCACAAUCCUUGACCCAAUGGCCGACAAGACCCUCAUGACAAUCCUCACCGUCACCCUAGCCAUGCAAGACCUCAUCCCCAUCCCCAUCGCGGCCGUCAUCCUUGGCCGUGACGCUGGUCUCAUCCUUGCCUCCUUCUAUUACCGAUAUAUCUCCCUCCCGGAACCAAAGACUUUUACGCGCUAUUGGGAUUUCUCGAUCCCCUCGGCCGAGGUCAGGCCGACAAUGAUUAGUAAGGUCAAUACUGCGAUUCAGAUGGCUUAUAUCUGUCUGUCGCUUAUGGCGCCCGUGUUUGAGUUUACGGGACAUGUUGGCUUGGAGUACCUCGGGUAA